AGCUGAUGAUGCAUUGAGAAAGAACGUGGAUCUCUGUUCAACUGGUUUUGCUGGUGCCUUCCUGCUGCCUGAAUAUCUGCGUGUGUGUGUGCCUCUCCCUCCUCAGUGUGUGUUCAGCUCUCUGUCCGCUUCUCCUCUUCCUCACAACUCACAGCAGACGGCAAGAUGUCGUGGUUAUCAGGCUUAGUCGGCGGCAUCAUCAAAGCUGUCGUGGAUAACAUCGACGCCGAUACUUUUCAGAGCUCAGACCCUCCUCCUCGCAGACCGGUUCAAUUCGCAGAGGCUCAUGAGAGCGAAGAGGAGAAACAGUUUCGGAGAGUUUUCAAGCAGCUGGCUGGAGAUGACAUGGAGGUCAGCCCCAAGGAGCUGAUGGACAUCCUCAACAGAAUCAUCUCCAAACAUGGAGGCCUGAAGACUGACGGCUUCAGCAUCGAGUCCUGCAGGAGCAUGGUCGCUGUCAUGGAUAGCGACAGCACAGGGAAACUGGGCUUCCACGAGUUCAAGUUCAUGUGGAACAACAUCAAGAAGUGGCAGGGCGUCUAUUUACAGUAUGACAGAGAUGGUUCAGGUACAAUCUGCUCCCGAGAACUGCCGGGUGCCUUCCAGGCUGCAGGUUUCCCUCUGAAUGAACAACUCUUAAAGCUGAUUGGCCGUCGCUAUAGCGAUGACCACGGCGACAUGGACUUUGACAAUUUCGUUGGCUGCCUGGUGCGACUGGACGCCAUGUGCAGAGCCUUCAAGACCCUGGAUAAGGACCAUAGUGGCCACAUCGACCUGGACAUCAAGGAGGUAAAACACACUGCAGUUCACUUACUUUGGAUGAACUCUCAGACAUUAAGAGACAACUUGAUCAUUGUGCAUUUGUCGCAGCACAGAGGGCGCUGGAAAUACUAAUUAAAUGAAGUUAAA